ACCAUUAACCCAUGUUGCUGCAAGAAAAGGGAAAGUGAAAGCACAAUGAAAUAUAUAGGGAGUGGGCAAGAAAAAUGACUUUCGCGCUUACUAACUAUUCGAUUUGCAUUCUCAUUUUACGGUAGAAUUGAAAUGCACGGGAUGUAUGUUGGAGGGUCAUGAAUCUAUAGGAUCAUUGGAGGAUCCCUAAAGUGAGGAUACAUUUGAUGUUUACAACCGUUGGAAAUCGAGGCACCAUGCACUUAGGGUUGUGUCUGAGGGUGCUGAUACUGGCUGCUCUCACAGUUCCCAUCAGAGCAGCUCAACCUGCCCAGAUGACAUUCACCUUAACUGUCCCUGAUGGUCCAACCUCGACCCUGUCUGGCUCCUCUGUCUCUCUACUCUGUCAAGUUUCACCUCUCUUCAAUGCUGAGUCAUUGGAGGUGCGCUGGUAUCGUUCCAGUAACUAUCACAGUCCUGCCUUGUUGUACAAAGAUCACAAGAUCCAGGAGGCCCCUCUGGACCCCCAGUACAGGGGCAGGGUGUCUCUAACUGGGGGGAUGGAGAGGGGGAACGUGUCCUUGACACUGGAGAGGGUCACACUGGAAGACAGGGGGGAGUAUGUGUGCCAAGUCACCAGUGAACAGUGGUAUGAAAAGGCCAGUGUCUUCCUCACAGUGAAUGUAACAGGUAGUGAACCAGUUCUCUCUGUAGCUGAAGCAAGAGGAGGAGGAGGCCAGCUGAACGUUACAUGUUCAUCAGCGGGCUGGUCACCACAACCUAAACUCACCUGGAGAAACAAAGAUGGGGCAGAGAUCAGAAAUGGACAAGAAGUACUCAACUCUUCUGAUACCCAGGGCUUGGUGAGUGUUAGUAGUUGGCUGCUGUAUGCUCCCUCAUACUCCGAUUGGCUCGCCUGUACAGUCUCUCUGUCUGAGGAGGCGAAGAGAGAGGGCAGGAUUCUGACACAUGCAUACACAGCUCCUACAGCUGCACCUGGAGUCUCCAAAGAGGCCUUCAUUGUCACUCUGGUCCUGUUGAUCCUGUCUCUGGUCAUCAUCUGUGCUCUGUGCUCUGUCAUCCUGUGGAAACGAAGAGGGUCCAUGUGGUCUUCAUCCCAAAAGUACAGAAACCGUUCAGAUCAAACUGAGCUGGGACAGAGGCCAGCAGAGACAAAAAACCUAAUUGAAGGGGCAGAAAACACAAUCCCGAGACCUACCGACCAGAGAGCAGCUGGAAAAGAAGUGAAUCUGGAAGAGACAAAAAAACUAAUUGAAGGGGCAGAAAACACAGUGCCGACACCUCCCAAACAGAAAGCAGCUGGAAAAGAAUUGAAUCUGGAAGGUGCUCCGUUAGGGGCAGAAAACAUAGUGCUGACCCCUCCCAUACAGAAAGCAGCUGAAAAAGAAUUGAAUCAGGAAGGUGCAAAAAACACAGUGCCGACACCUACCGAACAGAAAGCAGAUGAAAAAGACUUGAAUCUGAAAGGUGCUCCGUUAGGGGCAGAAAACACAGUGCUCACCCCUCCCAAACAGAAAGUAGCUGGAAAAGAAUUGAAUCUGGAAGGGGCAGAAAACACAGUGCCGAGACCUUCCGAACAGAGAUCAGAUGGAAAAGACUUGAAUCUGAAAAGUGCUCCGUUGGGGGCAGAAAACACAGUGCCGAGACCUUCCGAACAGAGAUCAGAUGGAAAAGACUUGAAUCUGAAAGGUGCUCCGUUAGGGGCAGAAAACACAGUGCUGACCCCUCCCAUACAGAAAGCAGCUGAAAAAGAAUUGAAUCAGGAAGGUGCUCCGUUAGGGGCAGAAAACACAGUGCUGACCCCUCCCAUACAGAAAGCAGCUGAAAAAGCAUUGAAUCUGGAAGGUGCUCCGUUGGGGGCAGAAAACACAGUGCUCACCCCUCCCAAACAGAAAGUAGCUGGAAAAGAAUUGAAUCUGGAAGGGGCAGAAAACACAGUGCCGAGACCUACCGAACAGAGAGCAGAUGGAAAAGACUUGAAUCUGAAAGGUGCUCCGUUAGGGGCAGAAAACACAGUGCUGACCCCUCCCAUACAGAAAGCAGCUGAAAAAGCAUUGAAUCUGGAAGGGGCAGAAAACACAGUGCCGAGACCUUCCGAACAGAGAUCAGAUGGAAAAGACUUGAAUCUGAAAGGUGCUCCGUUGGGGGCAGAAAACACAGUGCCGAGACCUUCCGAACAGAGAUCAGAUGGAAAAGACUUGAAUCUGAAAGGUGCUCCGUUAGGGGCAGAAAACACAGUGCUGACCCCUCCCAUACAGAAAGCAGCUGAAAAAGCAUUGAAUCUGGAAGGUGCUCCGUUGGGGGCAGAAAACACAGUGCUCACCCCUCCCAAACAGAAAGUAGCUGGAAAAGAAUUGAAUCUGGAAGGGGCAGAAAACACAGUGCCGAGACCUACCGAACAGAGAGCAGAUGGAAAAGACUUGAAUCUGAAAGGUGCUCCGUUAGGGGCAGAAAACACAGUGCUGACCCCUCCCAUACAGAAAGCAGCUGAAAAAGCAUUGAAUCUGGAAGGGGCAGAAAACACAGUGCCGAGACCUUCCGAACAGAGAUCAGAUGGAAAAGACUUGAAUCUGAAAGGUGCUCCGUUAGGGGCAGAAAACACAGUGCUGACCCCUCCCAUACAGAAAGCAGCUGAAAAAGAAUUGAAUCAGGAAGGUGCUCCGUUAGGGGCAGAAAACACAGUGCUGACCCCUCCCAUACAGAAAGCAGCUGAAAAAGCAUUGAAUCUGGAAGGUGCUCCGUUGGGGGCAGAAAACACAGUGCUCACCCCUCCCAAACAGAAAGUAGCUGGAAAAGAAUUGAAUCUGGAAGGGGCAGAAAACACAGUGCCGAGACCUACCGAACAGAGAGCAGAUGGAAAAGACUUGAAUCUGAAAGGUGCUCCGUUAGGGGCAGAAAACACAGUGCUGACCCCUCCCAUACAGAAAGCAGCUGAAAAAGCAUUGAAUCUGGAAGGGGCAGAAAACACAGUGCCGAGACCUUCCGAACAGAGAUCAGAUGGAAAAGACUUGAAUCUGAAAGGUGCUCCGUUAGGGGCAGAAAACACAGUGCUGACCCCUCCCAUACAGAAAGCAGCUGAAAAAGCAUUGAAUCUGGAAGGGGCAGAAAACACAGUGCCGAGACCUUCCGAACAGAGAUCAGAUGGAAAAGACUUGAAUCUGAAAGGUGCUCCGUUAGGGGCAGAAAACACAGUGCUGACCCCUCCCAUACAGAAAGCAGCUGAAAAAGAAUUAAAUCUGGAAGGUGCUCCGUUAGGGGCAGAAAACACAGUGCUGACACCUACUGAACAGAGAGCAGAUGGAAAUGAAUUGAAUCUGGAAGAGACAAAAAAACGAAUUGAAGGGGCAGAAAACACAGUGAAGACUCCUACCGAACAGAGAGCAGCUGGUAAAGAAGUUAAUCUGAAAGAUUGGCACCAGGUGAAAGGAUUCAAAGAGAACAUCAUUCUGGAUGAAAAGACUGCGCACCCUGCUAUUAGAGUCAUUCAAAGAAAGCGUGCUAGUUACAUUAAAGAAAAAGAUACAGAAAACCCCUCUGUUAGAAUGCAUCUCCAUGUAUUUUCUCAAGAGAGUUUCAGUUCAGAACGACACUAUUGGGAAAUGAAGGUAAAGGAACGAACAACAGAAAAACUGUCAUGGUAUGUUGGUGUGGCCAGAGAAAAUGUUGAGAGAAGAUGUAAUGUUCCUUUAACUCCACAGAAUGGAUUUUGGAUUCUAUCUUUUGAUAAAGAAAAAGGUUUCCAUGUCAAUACUGACCCUCAACCACCAAUAACUGUGGCAGAGCUCGCUAGGGUGGGAGUGUUUCUAGACUGUGACAGACACACUCUGUCUUUUUAUAACGUUGAUACAGAGUCACUUCUUUACACUUUUACUGAUGUGAAGACGUCAAACUACUUUCCUGUGUUCAGCCCGGGACAACGUGACAGAUUCGCAAUAAGAAUCAUUUGAAUGCAUACCAAAACCCUUUUCACACCACUGAGCCAAGUCGAGCUGUACUACGCUGGCCUGGUUAGUAUAGGUUGGGUCAGCACGAUAGUGUGAAAAGGGUCCGAGAUGCAGGUGAAAUUCAUGUCAAAUGAGACAUGCAUUAUACACAUUUUAUGUUGUUCAGUGAUACCAAGUUGUAAAUGUGUGUAUCUUUUUCCCAAAAAGUUUUCAGACGCCACAAGAAAAAGAGCACUAGUAAUGGCAUCUUUUGGAAGACAGUAACUCCGCCAUGGUUCGUUGAACAAACCCGAUAGGAAAAUUAAUGUCGUUUUUGUCGAUUUUUGGGAUAAAAGUUGAAAAUAAGGUCUGUGGUAAACACAGGCUUAGGAGCUAAUCUUCAUCAGCUAAAGUCACUGAUUUUUUUUUAAGCAUUUAUUUAAUCAGAACAAACAAAGGCUUAAUUCAUAACGUUCCUAUUAACUGAUGGAUAUUAUCUCAGAUAAUAAUGUAUAUCAUCUCCAAAGCCUGUGUUAACCUCAGAUGUUAUUUUCUACAUUAUCCCAAAACCCUAUUCUUUCCCCCUAAGAAUGGCUGAACGAACCAAAACUUACUCAAACAAAUCUUUUACGACUACAAAUUGACGAGUUUUAUAUAAUCAACAAAAAAUAUGUAACUUUUAUUCAACCUGUAGCUAGAUUAUGAAUGUAUUCUGUGAAGCUAAUGUAAUACAAGUUAGCAAUAUCCUUUGCAUUCUUCAGUUCUGUUAAAAUGUUGUCCCAAUUAAUAAAUUACUGUAAUCUG